GGGAGAAAUUCGUAACAUUGCUAACUAGGGUUUUUUUCGUAUUUAAGGGAACGAGACAACAAGCAUAUCUGUCUCUUCUUCUUCCUCUCAAAACCCUACUCUGAAGUUUACCAGGCAACGCAGUCGAGAGGUUUCUCUUUCCAUCUGCAAACAUGGGUAUCUCUCGUGAUUCUAUGCACAAGAGACGUGCAACUGGAGGAAAAAAGAAGGCUUGGAGGAAGAAGCGAAAGUACGAGCUCGGAAGACAGCCUGCAAAUACCAAACUUUCGAGCAACAAAACUGUUCGAAGAGUUAGGGUUCGUGGAGGUAAUGUGAAAUGGAGAGCUCUUAGACUCGAUACAGGAAAUUACUCAUGGGGAAGUGAGACUGUAACCAGGAAAUCUCGUAUUCUUGAUGUCGUUUACAACGCAUCUAACAACGAGUUGGUUAGGACUCAGACUUUGGUUAAGGGUGCUAUUGUUCAAGUUGAUGCUGCUCCAUUUAAGCAAUGGUAUCUUCAACAUUAUGGUCUUGAUAUUGGACGUAAGAAGAAGAACACCUCUGCCAAGAAAGAAGGAGAGGAGGCUGAGGCUGUAGCUGAGGAAGCAAAGAAGAGCAACCAUCUCCUGAGGAAAAUUGAGAGUCGUCAAGACGAUCAAAAGCUUGACUCACAUAUUGAAGAGCAAUUCAGUGGUGGACGAUUAUUGGCUUGUAUCUCAUCUCGCCCUGGGCAGUGUGGUCGUGCUGAUGGGUACAUUCUGGAAGGCAAAGAACUUGAGUUCUACCAGAAGAAGCUCCAGAAGAAGAAGGGCAAAGGAGCUGCUUAGAGGCUGUCUCUAGCUACUUGAUAUCUUUUUUAGCUCUUCUCUUUUUAAAUUUAUACAUUUGGACUAUUAAGUAUGAAGUGUUCUAAUCUAGAUUGAAGUUUUGUUUCUUUAAGCCAGUUUUUGUGUAAUGUCUUUGAUCGGACAAAUGUCAGUUUAAACAUCAAAUUUGCUAAGUCGGGUAUCAUCUCUCAGUUUUCUUUA